AACUUCGGAAUUACGAAGGCUGCAUAAUCAGCAAGCUGGAAAUAAGAGAUAGGGCCGGUACGUUGGUUGAGCGUUGGAGCUGCGAGACUUCCGGUAGUACGAAAAGGAACUUGAGCAAUGGAACAGAUAUUUGUCUACCCUGCAAUACACCCAGCCGAUGAUUCCAUUAAAACAAAAGAUCAAACUGAAUGCAAAGAGCAGAUCAUUGACAUCCCACCGGAACUGGAGGCUUCUCGUUGUCCUGAUAAGUACUGUAUCUACAGGAUUCCCAAGAGACUUCGCGAGGUCAAUAAUAUGGCCUACACCCCUCGGCUGGUUUCUAUCGGCCCUUUUCAUCACCGCAGUGAAGAGUUGAAGGACAUGGAUAUACAAAAAUUCCUAAUUUUGAAGAAUUUCUGUAAUCGUAUAAUUGGGAAGAGCAUCGAUGAACUUAAAGGCGUCAUCAGGCCCAAAGAAAUGGAAAUCCGCAGCUGCUAUUCAGAGACCUUUCUACUUAGCAGUGAAGGGUUUCUAAACAUGAUUCUACUGGAUGCUAUCUUUAUACUUGAGCUCUUCCGCAGGAAAUCUGAAAAAGAUUUUGGAAGCUCAAAGGCUCAAGAAAAAGAUUCUGGAAACUCAAAGGCUCAUUAUCAAAUAGAUUAUAUAUUAAGCCGGCCGUGCAUGGAACGCGGCAUACGGCAUGACCUGCUUCUACUUGAGAAUCAGCUCCCUUUCUUUAUUCUUGAGGAGUUAUACCAACAUGUGGAACCCAAUACAAAAAGAAAGACUCUUCUUGAGCUCUCUUGUGCGUUUUUUGGUGAUCUCUAUUAUGGUUGGAAGCCAGAGUCCAAGGAGUGUUUUAAUGAUUUGGUGGGAUGUUUUCGCCCUCCACAAAACCCAAGCCCAUGCUCACCAGCGCCCAAGAACGAUAUAGUAAAUCAUAUCACAGAUUUGGUGAACCGUUUUCCACCGGACCGAAGCUCACCAAAUUUCAUUGAAGUAAAGCAUUUCACAGAUUUGGUGAGAUAUUUUUUCUGUCCACCCAAAAAAGAAGGGCAAAAAUCCAAAUGUUGGACGUGCACAGGUUGUUCCAAAGAACAAGAAGACAAAAAUAAAAGAACUAAACACCUACAUGGUACCGCAACAAAGCUUGACGAGGCAGGGUUGAAAUUCACUAGGCCAUAUUCAGAAAGAGAUUUACUUGAUAUAAAAUUACGGCCGAAUGAAUGCUUAGAAAGGUUCCCGUGCUUCAAUCUCUAUGGCUCUUGUCUUGCUUACCCUUCCUGAAAGGCAAUUGCUUGGAACGCCGUGUGCAACGUUGCUUGGAAGUCCCACCCCUUUGUGUAGACGACAAAGCCGAAGGUCUUUUCCGAAACCUGAUGGCUUUGGAGCAGUGCCAUUAUCCAUCUAAAACUUACGUCUGCGAUUACAUUGUGUUGUUGGAUGAUCUUAUCACAACUAAAGCAGAUGUAAGGUUGCUUGUUGAAAAGAAGAUCAUUGUUAACGAGUUAGGUUCCAGCGCUGCAGUGACGAAACUGGUUAACAACCUCGCCCUGGAGAUUGAAGAAAGUGGAACCCAUUACGCCGAGCUCUGUGGAAAGCUUAAUGAGUACUACGAGAGCAAUUGGAAUCGUCUGGUGGGAACCUUGACUAGGAUGUAUUUCUCAGACUUUUUUAAAGGCACUGCUACUUUUGUUGGAAUUAUUGUACUGGGUUUCACUUUGUGGAAUUUCAUCAGGCUUAUUAGAUUGAGUGCUUGCAACAAUGUUGCAGGCAAGUACUAGAUUUGAAGCAUCUCAUGUGGGUAGUGUUUGUUGGAGUGCUAUAUAAAAUGCUAGCUAGCAUCAGAUACGCUCAGUGGAUCGCAUAUGGCUAAUUAAUUCGUAGGUUUUUCUAAUCAUUUGUAUUUUGGAAGUUUUAUGACUUUGAUUUAGCAUAUAUGGAUCAGUGGAGAGUCUGUGAUC